UGCCAAGAAGAUGUGCUGGGGGACUGCGCAGCUCGAGGCUCCAGAGGCACACUCCAGAGAGAGCCAAGGUUCUGACGCGAUGAGGAAGCACCUGAGCUGGUGGUGGCUGGCCACUGUCUGCAUGCUGCUCUUCAGCCACCUCUCUGCGGUCCAGGGGAGGGGCAUCAAGCACAGAAUCAAGUGGAACCGGAAGGCCUUGCCCAGCACUGCCCAGAUCACUGAGGCCCAGGUGGCUGAGAACCGCCCGGGAGGCUUCAUCAAGCAAGGCCGCAAGCUCGACAUCGACUUCGGAGCCGAGGGCAACAGGUACUACGAGGCCAACUACUGGCAGUUCCCCGAUGGUAUCCACUACGACGGCUGCUCUGAGGCUAAUGUGACCAAGGAAGUAUUUGUCACCGGCUGCAUCAACGCCACCCAGGCGGCGAACCAGGGGGAGUUCCAGAAGCCGGACAACAAGCUCCACCAGCGGGUGCUCUGGCGGCUGGUCCGGGAGCUCUGCUCCCUCAAACGCUGCGAGUUUUGGUUGGAAAGGGGCGCAGGACUUCGGGUCACCAUGCACCAGCCAGUGCUCCUCUGCCUGCUGGCUUUCAUCUGGCUCAUGGUGAAAUAAGCUUGCCAGGAGGCUGGCAGUACAGAGCGCAGCAGCGAGCAAAUCCUGGCAAGUGACCCAGCUCUUCUCCUCGAAACCCACGCGUGUUCUGAAGGUGCCCAGGAGCCGCGAUGCACUCGCAUUGCAAAUGCCGCUCCCACAUAUGCGCCCUGGUAUGCGCCUGUGUUCUGGUAGAUGGAGGACUGUGGCUUCUCCAUCACUCCAUUCUCAGCCCCUAGCAGAGCAUCUGGCACACUAGAUUAGUAUAAAUGCUUGAUGAGAAGAACACAUCAGGCACUGUGCCACCUGCUUCACAGUACUUCCCAAAAACCCUUAGAGGUAGGUGUAUUCCCUUUUACAGAUAAGGAAACUGAGGCUCAGAGAGCUGAAGUAGUGCACCCAGCAUCACCAGCUAGAAAGUGGCAGAGCCAGGAUUCAACCCUGGCUUGUCUAACCCCAGGUUUUCUGCUCUGUCCAAUUCCAGAGCUGUCGGUUGAUCACUUUACAGCUCACGGGGACCCACAUCCAAACAUGUAUCUCUAAUGAAAUUGUGGAAGCUCCAUGUUUAGAAAUAAAUGAAAACACCUGAGCUGGUGGCUGUGUACUUUGACUGGUCCAUGGAGGCUCUUUUAAUCCUUCUAACUAAACUAAAAUAGAAUAAAGGAAUUAAACUAAAAUAGAAGCAGAAAUCAUAUUGCAAGGAAAUAUUGGAAGCUGAUUCCCAGAGCAGACCACAUACACAGCAGGAUGUGCCUGUGGCAUGAAGAUUUUCUUUCUCUUUUUUCUUUUCUUUCUCUUUUUUCUUUUCUUUUUUUUUUUUUUUUAGGUGAAGUUUUACUCUUGUUGCCCAGGCUGGAGUGCAACGGCGUGAUUUUGGCUGCAACCUCUGCCUCCCAGGCUCAAGCACUUUUCCUGUCUCAGCCUCCCAAGUAGCUGGGAUUACAGGUGUGUGCCACCAUGCCCGGCUAAUUUUGUAUUUUUAGUAGAGACGGGGUUUCACCAUGUUGGCCAGGCUGGUCCCGAACUCCUGACCUCAGGUGAUCCACCCACCUGGGCCUCCCAUAGAGCUGGGAUUAGAUUUUUUUUUUUUUUUCAAAAGAAGGUUAAGUGCUUGCUGUUCCCAUCCCUGAAACAUUGCAUGUAUUUAAGAAAAAAAAAUGUUAAUGGCAUAUUUGCUUCUAAUGUUCCCCUAACCCUACAUGCAUGUUUUAUGUGCACCCAUAUGAGUAUCUUUAAAUAUAGUCCUUUUAUAUCUGUGUUCUAUGCAAAGUCUCUCAGUUCUUUCAAGACAGCCUAGUGAAGGCCAUCAUCUCUGUAAACCACUUAUCACUACAAAAAUACAAUUACUCACCAAAAAGCUUUAAAAAAUAAAACUGUGUCUUUAGGGAGACCCAAUAAAGAAUUCAAUCCAUGCCAUAAGCAGGAGUUGAUACACCACCUUAUUAGCUAAAACUGUAUAUAACACAAUGUGAAUAAUGUUUAAAAUCUGUUUUAAAUGUAAAACAAUGAAUUGAAUGCUCUAAGAGGCUCCUACAGGUGCUCCAGGCCACUCUCAGAGACUCCCAGGAGUUGUUGAACUAUAUUUGGAGAAAACAGCCGCUGAAUAUUAUCAUUUCGCCUUUAAAGAGAGUUUGUAAGGGGGGAACAUGCAUUUUAUCAGACAAUUUAUCCAAAGCAUUUCAGAACAUGAGUGCUGAUGAGGGCACCUCUUGUGCUGAGUCCCCUCAGCUAUCAGUGUUCUUCUCAAGGACACAUUUGGAAGAUUUUAACACUGAAAGUGAGUGGAGGACUUGGGGGCAGAGCAGCACUAAGAAACAGCCUUACACUGGGCACAUGGAGGAGACGUCCACCCUGCAGCCAGGACUGGGGUUCACGUUGCUGCCAGCGCUACACUCGCCUUCUGCUUCCACAGUCCUGUUAAUUCUAGAUCAGAGAGCAAGAAAAAAGUACAGAACAUAUCCUCUAUUGUUAUUUCCUGCUUUCUAAUUAAAAAAAUAAUAACCAUGGCAAGAGAGAAAGAAAGAGAAAGUACUCAGAGGCUGACACUGACAUUUCACUUCCUCGCUCUCCUAAGUUUAAUUACAGCAGCACGUGCAGCCACGUCAGCCAAAUGACUUCAUUUCUGAUGUGAAAACGCUUAGGCCAUGAUGUCGUUCAUUUUCUGUAAUUGCUGCCUUUUCUCAUUCUGUUAAUAGUGCUGGCAACCAGAUUUCAGUGGGGCAUGACGUGAAUGUGUACAUGGUGAUUCAAAUGCAAAAUUUGUUUAUGGGGCUUUUAAUCGAAAGCGUGUGUGCCUGAACAUUCUUGCUCAAGUUGAUGAAUCAUGGGGUGGAAUAAAGGCUUUGUGAGUCUGGUUUUUCACUUUAGCAAAGGGGCAUGGAGUGCCUACUAUGUGCGAGACAUUGGGAGGGGCUUCUGAAUUAUUCUGGAUAUCAUCAUUUUGCAGUGUGCAUAAUUUUACCAACCAUUGCUUUCGUAGCCCCUGCUCAGUGUUGACUUUUUAAAAUAUAAGUUUAUUGUAAAAGUGACAUGAAAAUUACAACAGAUAUUCCAGACCAAAAUAAUACAAUUCCAGCAUCUGAUUGAGUCAGUGUUUGUUGUUUCCCCUGUACUUUCCUAGUUCUUAAGCAUUUGCAUAUAUAAAUGUUCAUAUUUGCAAUAAAAAACUGAGCUUUUAUAUUCUAAAUUUUUACUUAAUUCAAUGCUUUUUACUCAUUUUUCUAUACUUUUUUUUUUUUUUUUUGAGGCAGAGUCUCAUUCUGUUACCCAGGCUGGAGUGCAGUGGCAUGAUCUUGGCUCACUGCAACCUCCGCCUCCCAGGCUUAAGCGAUUCUCAUGCCUCAUCCUCCAAAGUAGCUGGGAUUACAGGUGCCCACCACCAAGCCCUGCAAAUUUUUUUGUAUUUUUAGUAGAGACAGUGUUUUGCCAUGUUGGCCAGGCUGGUCUCGAACUCCUGACAUCAGGUGAUCCACCUGCCUCGGCCUCCCAAAGUGCUGGGAUUACAGGCAUGAGCCACCACGCCCUGCCUACUCUUUGUUUUCUUUCCUCCCCACCCAUUUUCCCCAGUCCUGCCCCCUCCUUCUAGCCUGAGAUGUAGGCUCCAUCUUAACUGUGCUCAGAUACAUAAGUGAGGGCUUUUUAACUUGAUUAUGCCUUUUAAAAAUACUAUGUAUGUAAAAUAUUUAUUCAUCUGCAAUUUGGCUUCCCUGACUUAACAUUGCAUCAUGAAACUCUUUGGAACAACAGCUAUCUAGAUAGCUGACUCAUUCUUUUGGAUUGCUACAUAAUCUCACUUAAUACAGAUGUAUCAUGAUUGAUUGAAUCAUUGCCUUGUUGAUGGGCCUUCAGAUUAUUUCCAGUUUUUUGCCACUGCAAACAAUAAACAUCCUUGUACAUACUA